CUCUUUAUCAAAUUUAUGAACAAGAAGAAUAUAUAAAUAGAGAUCUAUUUUAUAGUUGUUGUUGUUUUUUUUUAUCAUUAUCAAACAAAAUUAAAAUGCGUGCUUUCUCUAUCUUUGCUGUUGCUCUUGCUGCCUCCGUUAAUGCUGCUACUCUUAGCAAGCGUGAUAUCUCUAGUGGUGUUCAAGCCUGUAUUAAUGGUUUCAAUGACGCUCUUCCUCAACUUGGUACCGUUACUUCUAAGGUAAACAGCUUUACUAGAGCUGCUGGUUAUCCUGGUGCUAUUGCUGUUCAUUCAGAAGAACAAAAGCUUGAGGCCCUUUUGAAGUCUACUACAACUGCCUGUUGUGCUGUUACUACUACUGUCUCUAACGAAGAAGCAGAUGCUGUUAUUAGUGUCAUUGACACUGUUGUCCCUCAAAUUGAAGCCGCUUUAGCUGCUAUUACUGUCAAAAAGCCCGAAUUCGAUGCCGUCUUAUUGGCUACUAAUAUUGUUAAGGGAGAUAUUAAAAAUUUGGACUCUCAAGUUACCACUUUGGAUAAUUGUUUAGUAGCUGUCACUCCUGAUAGUUAUUUGGACGUAGCAAAUGGUUAUGUUACUCGAGUUAGAACUGCAUUUGAUACUGCUGAAGACGCUUAUGGUAUUUAAAUAGAUUCAUUUCUUUACCGUCUCCCCCCUUUUUUUUUGACAUAAAAUCUAUGUAAAACAUUCCCUUUUACUUCUGAAAUAAAUAAAACAAUAAAUAAAUAAUAUACAUAUAUGUGUGUAUGGUUUACAUAUUUAUUUAAUUAUCUUGUAUCAUUUUUUUUUAUUACAUAUCUAUUUUAAUUUGCUUAUUGGCAUGUAAAUUACCCUUCU